AUGUUUAACACCAACUACUCCAGCGUCGGCAUAAGUGAGAUAAAGGAGGAAGAAGACACCAUCAACCACCACCAGUACCUAGACACAAUCCACAAUGAAAUUGAAGAACAAAAACAAGACUCUAUUUAUGUUGCAGUUGGUAAGAGCGAUACAAGCAUGGAAGCUCUCUCAUGGACACUCAAUAACCUAACCACUCAUUCCACCAUGCUCUAUCUCAUUCAUGUAUUCCCCCAAAUCAAACACAUUCCACAUCCAUUGGGGGUAGGAAUGAUUGCUAAGAAUCAAAUUAGUGUUGAACAGGUAGAGAUUUAUAUGGAACAAGGAAGAAACAAGAGGAGACAAUUCCUACACAAGUUUAUCCAAUCUUGCUUUCUUUCCAAAGUUAAGGUUGAUACUAUCUUACUAGGGAGUGAUUUCGUUGCAAAAGCCAUUCUUGACCUAAUUCCAAUUCUUCAAAUAUCAAAUUUAGUCAUUGCAAUCCAUUUGAAAUUCCUUUGCAAAGCAGGAAGCAUAGACUCCGUUGGUGCUAAAUGCUGCCUUUUUACGGUUACAUAG